GUACAACAGUGUCGACAGUAGAGUUUGAUAAACCCGAGUACAACGUAAGAGAAGAAGUUGGAGAAGUACUUAUUCCAAUCAAGAGAACAGGUGAUCUCAGGAAAGAGAUGAUGGCUGUCUGCUCCACAGAAUCAGAUACGGCUACAGGGACUAUCCCGACUAAUGUCCAGUCGUUCUCUGAUUUCAUCAGUCGACCAGAGAGUCACAAGAGUGUGAUCAGGUUCAACGUGGGGCAGGAUCUGAACUACUGCCGAUUAGUGAUCAUAGACGAUUCGCUCUUCGAGGAGGAGGAAUCCUUUAAUGUCCGACUUUCUCUGCCCAUGGGAGGCCAAGUAGGAGAACAGAAUGAAACAAAAAUCAUCAUCGUUCCGGACAAGAAUGACGGUAUGGCAGCUAUUUGA